AUGCCCUGCCCUGGACGUGUCGCUACCGAGCGUCUUGACCCCAUUGUCAGCCCUGGCGGUGUUUCUGGUCACGUUCACACCAUCGCUGGUUCAAACGGAUUCAAGGCUGAGAUGACAUAUGCCGAUGCUCGUGGCGGUGCAUGCUCUUCAUGCCCCAUCAAGCAGGACAUGUCCAACUACUGGACCCCUUCUCUCUACUACCAAUCCGAGAACGGCACAUUCAUCAAUGUCCCUCAAGCCGGCGACGGCCAGGGUAUUUUCGGUGGUAUGACUGUUUACUACUUGCAGAGAGGUGGUCCCAACAACGACAACCUGACCGCCUUCCCCGAGGGUUUCCGCAUGCUCGCUGGUAACCCUUUCAAGCGUGCAGGUGGCAGUGACUUUGCUAGUCAGGCCGUCAGCUUCGUCUGCCUCGACUAUAGUGGUACCUCUUCGUACACCAGUGGUCUUCCUAACAAGGUCUGCCCUGAUGGCCUGCGUGCCCAAGUCUUUUUCCCCUCGUGCUGGGAUGGUGUCAACCUUGACUCUGCCGACCACAAGUCGCACAUGGCCUACCCUACCAAAUAUUCCUACGACAACGGCCCUUGCCCUGCAACCCACCCUGUUCACAUGAUUUCUAUCUUCUACGAAGUCAUCUUUUCCACUGCUGGCUUCGAUUGGUGGAACGGUACUACCCAGCCUUUCGUUUUCGCUCAAGGUGAUCCUACUGGCUACGGGUUCCACGGUGACUUCCUCAACGGCUGGGAUGUUCCCACUCUCCAGAAGGCCACCGAUACCUGUAACAACGACUCUGGUCUCAUCACCGAUUGCCCUGUCUUCGACUUCUUCACCAGCGCUCAGUCCUCAGCCUGUGUCCUUGCACCUACCAUCAACGAAGCCGUUACCGGAGAGCUCGAGAAGCUACCUGGCUGUAACCCUGUCACCUACGGUCCUGGCAAUGCCCCUUACUCCGAGGCUGGCUGCACAGAUACUGCUACUCUUGGUUACAACCCCGUCUACUACCAGAACGUCACUGGCUGGGACUACGUCGGCUGUGCUCCUGACUCUGUCAGCAGCCGCACUUUGGGCAACUCGAGCUACAUGUCCUCUGACAUGACUGUUGAGAGCUGCUUGUCUUACUGCAAGAACCGCGGUCUUAACUACGCUGGUCUUGAGUACGCCACUCAGUGCUAUUGCGGUAGCUCUCUUCCCGACGCCCUCGCUCCCACUAAGGGCGUCCUCGGAAACUGCUUCUCCCCUUGUGCUGGUAACUCUUCGCAGUACUGCGGUGGAGCCAACCGUUUGAGCAUCUAC